UGCUCACUAGAGUGUAUGUGGUGUUCCACUUCAUGGAUGGGUUAAAUGUGGAGGUGAAAUUUCCCUGUUGUGGGACUAAUAAGGGUCUCAAUUUCGAGUGAUUUGUUUCUCAGUGGAGUGUAAUAUUCUGUUUUUGAUGAGCGCCACAGACUGAACAAAGGAAAAUAUAGAGCUCACUGUGUCACGCAUUCGGAACCUCCAACGGAGGAAACAAACUCCAACUCCCAGAAUGCUCCGGGAGACCAGAUGACUGGACAGUCAAGGGAACUCCAUUUCCCAGGAUACUCGGGAUUCUCACGUGACCUCCAACUCACAACAACGCUCCUCUCAGAGAUCUCAGUCCCCAGAUUAUUGAUCUGGUUCACCUGUGUCGUUUAUCACAUGACUCAGCUCAGAGUACUUAAGCCCGGGGCUUUCAGGCACUUCAUUGUGACGUAUUGUUUCUCUGAGACUUCCUGAGCGUUUUCUGAUUGUUCUGUGUGUUUCAACCUUUUCAUCCGUUUGCUGACUUUUGACUUCUGCCUUGCCCUUUUGUACCGUUGCUCGUGUUGGUUAGAUCUGUGUUUUGUGACCUUGGUCUGGACUUCAGCUUCAUUAAUGUUUUGCCCUUUUUGACAACUGUUGAUUUCUAGAAAUGAAAUCACACUUUUAUCCACGCUCGUCUGCGAUUCUGUGAACACUACACACUGUUUAUUCGUGAGCUUUAAACUGUUUUUAAACAUGUGAUUUUAAACUGCUUUUGUCCUUGUCUUUUCUUUUUUAACACGCUAUGCUCACCACUCAGACCAGAACCUCAGACAACGUGUCUGAUCUCCAGCCCUGGAGUCUCUGUUCAGCUGAGCUGCCUUCAGCUGAGCUCAUCCAAGACUUAGAUUUGUUUUUACACACGUUUAAUCGGCUUUGCUACAGGACUGUUUCUCAAGCGCUCAGAUCGGCCCACUGGAAUACCUUACCGGGUCUGCGUCCAGACUGCAUUUCACCAGUUGAUGACCCCUGAGCUACAGGGUCACUGACACAAACUGUGACUGGAAAACAUGAAUUCUAAUCACUACCUGAACACCUGUAUGAUGCUCUCAGAAAACUGUGCCUAAUAUAUAAUUAUAUAAUUACACCUGAUGGAUUUUCCAUGAAAAUUUCCCAACGUUGUUGUUUCCUUCCUUCCUUCCUUCCUUCCUUCCCGCUGUCUGCAUUGUGUCCUGCUCAGAAGUGUUUCAGCUUCUUUUAAAGAUCUAAUAUAUUUCCAAUCAUUUGUGGGGUUAGGAUUAGGGUUCGGUUUUGCGUAAGUAAUGUAUCAACAGUACAUCUUAAAGAUAUUUACUAGAUAUGCGUUACUGAUAAUCUGUUAAGAAUUUAUUAAUCAUCUACAAAGGGCCACUCCAAAUAAAGCGCUACCCAACAUCAACUCUACUUCAGCGCUGUUUAGAACGCCCUCGUCAACUAGCCUUCACUAUGUCCGAGUAAGGGACUCCUCAGUGCCACCGUAAGGGCCGUUAUCUUUCUGUAUUAGCUCGUGUGACUUCUUGGAGCAGUGAGGGAUCCAGUCUGCAGAAAUAUAGACUUCAGGAGAAGAACUUGUCCAGAAAUCAUUACUGUUUAACUCAACAUCCAUUUCGUCAACUACGUUCAGUCUGGCCUUUAUAUAAUAAACCCCUCCAUCUGCUUUGUGUUUGCUGCUGUAAGUUUGUUACUCAGGGUAAUGUGUAAGGCUUAAUGUGUAAUGUGUUGAUGUUUUAUUACAGUGAAAAUAAGUUAACACGCCCUCCACAGCGAACACGCUUAAAUUCGGCAACUUUGUUUACCUUACAGCUGCGUCUCUCUGGGUGAAACCUCUUCUACUAGAAUGAGGACUAUGUCUGCUCUGCUGACGGUGCUGCUGCUCUGCUCUCUCCAGCAGGUCUACAGUGGCCCUUUUGGCAUUGAAACUUUCUGUGAGUGCUGUGAAAAACUCACAGAUGUGAAGAUUCCCUUAAAGCGCAUUAGAUCCUACAGGGAGACCAGCAGCAACUGUGCCUUUGAAGCUGUUAUCUUCCGCACAGUUAUUGGAAAGGAGUGGUGCGUGGAUCCUGAAGCAUCUUGGGUUAAGAAACACCUGACGAAGCUCAAACUCAGAAGCUGACCACGCUGACCACAUGAAGACCAUUCAAUACAACGUGCACUCUGUACAUAUGUACAUAUUAAUGUGAAUAAAAUGUAUAUAUUGUGUUGUA